AUUUAUCAUAAAUAAUGUACCGUACUGUAGCUACAUGUAUGAUAGAUACGUUUCCGUAAACGCGGGACUGUAUUCCAUUCAUGGGUGACGUCAUCAUUUGAAAGGCAAUGACGCAAUAUUAUUUUUAUUAUGACGUCUGGAUACCUCUAUGUAAGAAUCACCAUGGCUACUGCGUACCGUACGGUAGCAAGCCCGGACCCGCCAAAAACUUCCCGAUGAAAAGCCAAUGGAGGAUCCAACAAGAACCUUUUGCGAGUUCGGUAUUGGCAGGAGCUAUAAGUUGGAAGAUCUCUUCCAUUGGGGUCUCCCUUCCUCUCACGAGAAGUCCCGAGGAUAGCUUUGGUUGCUACCCUCUUUUCCUCCAAGAUUCAUUCAAUAGAUUCCCCACUCUCAUUCACCAUGACGGACGAAAAGAAGAAACACAACGGCCGCCCCCAUCGAUGCAUCGAUGUGUGGGCCGUCCCUCCACAUCUCUUCAAAAUUGAAAAAGAAGAAAGAAUCAAGAUCAUAGAGUCCAUGGCUUUGAGCAAGGAGCAGACCCUGGUCAAGCACACGGAAGAAGGACCGUUCGAACCAAACAGUCUUACCACCCCGGCACAUAUUUCAUUUGUGGAAGAAGCCGUGGUCGUCGUGAGUUUGGGAAUCAUGAUUGGUGGACCGUUAGCAUGGAUCGCUUCCAUGAUUACUAUCCUUUGCGUGGGAACUUGGACCCAGUGCGCCGUUGCCGUGUUAAUAUCGGCUAUUUUGGCCUACCAUCCAAUGCCAUCCGUGGAAUACUCCAGAGAACAUAUCAUUAGUUCCUGGUGGACAAGAUGUAUCUACAAAUAUUUUUCCUAUCGAUUUGUGUGGUCGGGUGAUUCUCAUAUCAAAAUACACGAGGCUGUACCAUGGAUUGGGGCUGGGCCUCCACAUGGAGUCAUGCCAUUUGCCAAUGUUCUAUCAAUACCUGGAAUCAAUGCCGUACCCGGCAUUGAUUUUUUGGGAGCUCCUGCAUCGGUAGUGAUGAACACUCCCUUCCUGAGGUAUCUGACGAUUUAUCCUUCGGUUCCCGUCGGUGGUGCCUCGCUUCAAAAAGCCACCGAAGCGGGUCACUGUGUGGGAAUUGUCCCCGAUGGUAUUGCCGGUAUCUUUCGUCAGAAUGAACACAAAGAGGUGGUCGCUCUGAAACAUCGCAAAGGAUUGGCACGACAUGCCCUUCGAACGGGGACCAACAUUCUACCGGCAUACUCCUUUGGCAACACAUCUUGUUUUUCGGCUUGGUGGGACCCUUCUGGGUACAUGGAAAAGAUCAGUCGCAAAGCUCAAGCCAGCAUUUUUGUGUACUGGGGUCGCUUUGGUCUCCCCAUUCCACGGAGGUGUCAAAUUACCAUGGUCUAUGGCGACCCAAUCUACGUUGAUAAAGUAGCCGAGCCAGCGCAAAAACAGAUUGAUGAGCUUCACGAAAAGAUAUUGAAUGGCAUUCGAGACUGUUUUGAAGAGCACAAGGCUUCCCUUGGUUGGGGAGACAAGGAGUUAGAGUUUGACUAGCAAUGACAACAAGGAAACUCCUGGAUGGUUGUCCUUUUUUAAGAGUUUGUUUGGUCGAGAAUUCUCAUACAGCAAUUUGCUCACUUUGGUCAUAACAGCUACAUUGGUGUGUGAUGUAAUGCAGACUGAGAGAGAGAGUGUGAUGUCAGUGUCUUCCUCCACAUAAGUUGGUUAUUCAAAUCCGUCACAGAUGAGAUGAGAAAUAACAUCCUAGUUUAAUUAAAUGUAUUUGUACAACAGUUUGGGUCAUCCACAAAGGUACUUCGAAUCGAAUCAAUGUCUUCA